GUCCGUCCUUCACGUCACCUGCCAGGUAGAGUGGUGAGGCUUGCCACCUGGCGGCCGCCAAUAUCUCCUCGGAUUACCUUAUGGUCUUCCAAGAUGAAAACACCAGACUCUCAGAUGGUGCUCCGCCUCCUCUGUGCAGUCCCGCGCAUAAAUGGACAAUUUUAGGCCUCAGUGGCUCGUCCCGUCCUCGUUCAGAGCCUCUGGCAAGAUGCCACCGAAAGCUUGGGGGAGAAGCAAAGCAGAGAGGAAGGCUGGGAGGGCGAGUGAGCUGUGAAAGGAGGGGGGAGAGAGAGAGAGAGCAGCUGAUGAAGAGAGAGUAUAACUUUGAGGGAUCACAGGAAGAGGCAGCACAGGAAGAACUUUUGGCUCCUUUCAGGCCUUUUUUUAGGUCACAGGCUUCUGUUUACAAGUUGAAGAAAAUGAGAUUAUAUUAAUUAAAUCUUUGCUAAAAAUUAAAUUUUGAUCUAAACUGACUACUGAAGCUUGGAAGAAGACCAAAGUUUCUCCAAACUGGGCCACAGCUUUACAGACUUCCCGAAGGAUUCCCCGACGCACCAGCAUGGGCUCAGGUGCUUGAGGCAAUCUUUGCAUCUGUUAUCUGGAGGCGAGGGAGGCUGUAGGGGGGAGGAUGUCUUCCUACUUCCCCCGCACCAAAGACCUGACUCGUACCAGGAGGUCAGUCACCGACUCACCGCCAUCGUCUCCAUCCCCUACAGAAAAAAGCUUCCGACAUGACAGAUUGUCAAGAUUGGACUCGAGUGGGGAGAAUAUCCCUGAUAGAUUGGGACGGACCAGCUCCUACAUUCGCAGGGAGACCAGGCUAGCUUCUCUGAACAAGCCGGAGCAAGACAUCACAAGCAAAGACUAUAAGAAGAUGUACGCAGACGCUCUACAUGAGAAUGACCGUCUCAAGUCCAGGUUGCAGGACAGCAAGCAAGAACUUGUUAGCAUCCGUUCCCAGCUGGAGAAAGUGACUCAAAGGCAAGACAGAAUAGCAGAGAAAUCUACUCUGCUUGAAUCUGAGAAAAAGGAAAAACAGGCCCUUGAAAAACGAGUGUCGGGCAUGGAAGAUGAAAUUAAGGCUUUCCCUGCUCUUGCUCAGGCCCAGGCUUUGCGGAGCGUCAACGAGCGCCUCCUGGCUGAAAAUAGAGCCUUGCUGCGAGCCCUCGCCCGCCUCUCUGAGACGGCCUCCAUACCGGAGACAGAGGACCUCUGAACUCACCUCUUCUCUUCUCACCCUCUUCCCGAACAACAUAACUCUCCUUCUGAUGCCUCUGCAGACCCCCCCCUCAUCCUCUGCCGUGUUCCUCUCAGGUCUUGACGGAACUCAAGAUGGACAACCAGAGGCUAAAGGAUGAGAACGGCGCUCUCAUUCGGGUUAUCAGCAAACUUUCAAAAUAAAAGGAUGUCACAACUUAAA